AUGGAACAGCCACUCGGAGCUCUUGUAUCAAGCGAACCAGCCCAGUUCCCGACUGGGGUUGAGCUCCGUGGACAGUAUACUGGCCUGCGCAGGCUAGAGCCAUCCCAUGCAACGAGCUUUUUCAAGCAUCUCGGCCGAAGAGAAAAUUUCUGGCGAUGGUCGUAUAUGAUGACAAGCGGUUUUCCAACUAUGGAAGAUUGUACAAAGUCAAUCGAGGAAUGGGCCGGAAAGCAAGACCCUUUCUUCUACUCUGUGUAUGAUGGUCCGCUUUCCGACCCAACCUCGGAGCCUGUUGGCAUGAUGUCCUUCAUGGCGGCGGCUCCGGAUCAUCGACGAAUUGAAAUCGGCAGCGUUAUUCUAGGCGGAAAGCUUGUCAAGUCGCGACAGGCUACAGAGUCGUUCUAUCUGUUCAUCAAGCAUGCAAUCGAAGAUCUUGGCUACCAGCGCGUGGAAUGGAAGGCGAAUCACCUGAAUGCACCGAGUCUAGCCGCAGCAACCCGGCUGGGAUUUACAUUUGAAGGGACCUUUCGAAAACACAUGAUCAUCAAAGGCAGGCGGCGUGACACUGCGUGGUUCAGCAUCACAGAUGAUGAGUGGCCAGUUCUCAAGGCCGGCUUUGUUAUUUGGUUGGACGAGAAUAAUUUUGAAGACAACGGACAUCAGAUAAAGACGUUGCAACAGUGCAGAAUGCCAAAUGGGCAGGACUUAUGA